UUUUCUUCCCCAGCUUGUUUCCAGUUUCCCACUUUUCCUAUCUAUUAAUCGUACACAAAACCUUUCUCUUUAUAUAAUUUAAUCCCAUUGUUCUUCAUAGAAUAUAUAUUUUCUGUUGUUGAUUAUACUUUAAUGGGGUUCCCGGUUGGUUACACCGAAGUUUUCUUGCCAAAACUCUUGUAUCACACACUUUCCUUUCUGGGUUUCAUCCGAAAUCUGAUUUUCACGCUUUUGAACUUCCUCGGCCUUCCCGACUUUCUGGAAACAGACCCGGUCUGGCCGGACAACCCGACCCGAACAUCGCCGGAGAAUCCCCCCGUAUCGGCUCUCUUGAUCCGGGAAAUCCUUCCGGUCAUAAAGUUCGAGGAGCUUGUCGUCGUGGGGGACCCACCGGAGAGCUGUGUCGUUUGUCUGUACGAGUUCGAAGGAGGGGAAGAGAUCAGAUGGUUGAGGAACUGCAGGCACGUUUUCCAUAGGGCGUGUUUGGACCGUUGGAUGGACCAUGACCAGAAAACGUGCCCGCUGUGUAGAACGCCGUUCGUGCCGGAUGAGUUGCAGGACGAGUUUAAUCAACGGCUCUGGGCUGCUUCCGGGGUUGCUGAUGUUUACACCGACUACAGUUCGGUUCCGGGAUUGUAGAUUUUUUUGCAUGGCCGAUUUUUUCUUUCCGGUAAUAAGCUUAUGAAAAUUGUACAUAUUGCAUGGCAAUUGGAGCACGACCAAUAAAAAUGGAGGAAUUGAAGUUUGAACGUUGCAAUUAUGCUUUGUUUGAUGAACCUGUAAUUAUCCCCACACCAUAAGAUUAGUGAGACUGAAUUUCAAUUU